CAGCGCUCGACGGCGCUCGACCGUCCCACGCGACCCAAGGCGACGAUGAGGGGACACGAUCAUGCAGGCGGGUCAGGAACGGAUUCGGCUGCCCUGUUGCAGCUGCUCAGAGUAGUAGCAGAUGCUAUCAUCGAGGUCUUCCUGCUUUGUAUCGUGGGCUAUGUGCUCGCACGGAAAGGCAUCGUGGACGACAAGACGAAGAAGCGACUGAACCAUCUCAACGUCAGCCUGUUCACGCCCUGUCUGCUCUUCAGCAAAGUCGCUUGGUCCCUCUCGCCGGACAAGCUAGCAGAGCUGUGGGUGGUCCCCAUCGGCUUCUGCAUCGUCACAGGCGUCAGCGCGGGCGUUGCGUACGUCAUGGCGAAACUGUUCAGACUCAAAAAGAGCCAGGCUGCCUUUGCGAUCGCUUGCUCCAUGUUCGGCAACAGCAACAGUCUACCUAUUGCGCUCAUGCAGAGUCUCGUCGCUACCGUCAGCGGACUCAAAUGGGGCAAGGAUGACGACAAAGACCAGAUGCUCGGUCGAGCGCUUUCGUACCUCGUCCUCUUCUCCACGCUCGGCAUCAUCCUGCGUUGGUCAUACGGCGUCAGAUUGCUCUCGACCGCAGACGAUGAGGAGCCAGCGCAAUCGCGUAGCAAUUCCGCCCUGACGCCCUCGCAGAAUGUCAUUCCGAUCGUCGAGUCAGAGAAUGCUCCCCUUUUGAGACGAUCAAAGUCGAGCGAGGAUCGCUUCAUCGAACGGACAGAAUCAGCUUCCACGAUAGUCAAAACGCCCAGCCCAACAGAUCUCUCGCACAAGGCCCGAGUGUCGUAUGUCGACGAGCCAGAGAGCAUGCGGGAUGAGACUGCCGAGCCACAGAUGAUGACAGGAGAAGGCAAGCAGCCGCCAGAUUUGCGUCCUUCGAGUGUCUUCCACUCUUUCCCCAACACGCGGCAACACACGCCUGCUACGAGCGAAUGGGGCAAUGAUGACGAUGAUGACGAAGAAGAUGAGCGACAUCGUCUAGAAGGCCUCAACAGUCAAGAAGAAGACGAGGACAGCGAAUGGGGCGUUUCGCGCGGUGUGGGCCGAAGAGAUCUCCCUGCGCCUGCUUCGUCUAGGCUCCAAAGCCGAUUCCGCAAAAUCUGGUCUUCCUUCAAGGCCGGCACCUACAGAUGGAUCGGCUCACCUUCCAUGAAGCUUGGAAGGGGCAUCGGCAAAUUCAUGACCGUACCGUUAUGGGCUGCGCUGCUGUCGAUGGUCGUCGCCUGCAUUCCGCCGCUUCAGAGCCUACUGCACGACGUCGAGCCGCUCAAGGGCGCUUUACGAAGCGCAGGCAAUUGCUCAGUACCGAUCACGCUUGUCGUCUUAGGGGCCUAUUUCUACAGACCGCCUGCCGACCCAGCGCAGCCGCGUAGAAUGCCCAUCCGCCGAAGAAGUACCGCGCCUGAUCUGGGCGAAGGUCGCAAAGCCGAAGAUCAAUCACGUUUCAAGAAGAUCAUGAAUCGCUUGCCGCUACCGUCUGCCUCGGCGCUUCGUCAAUCGGAAGCUCAAGCGCCAGGAGAGACUCGGACGGUGAUGGUCGCUAUCCUGUCAAGAAUGAUCAUCACGCCGCUCAUCUUGCUACCUCUGCUCGGCUGGUGGGCUUCUAAAACGAUCAACGUCGCUGAUGAUCCUGUUUUCAUCGUCACUGCUUGUCUCAUCAUUGGAGCUCCGCCCGCUAUCACCCUGGCCCAGAUGACUUCGGCAGCAUCGGAUGCCUUUGAGCUGCUCAUCACCCGUACGCUCUUUGUCGCGUACGCCAUCGUCACCCCGCCUACGACGGUCUUGCUUGUGAUCGUUGGCUUACUGCUCGAUCAAUGGCAAGACGGCGUCAAAGGCGGUACUUGAUUUCCAUCUGUAGACUUGAAACGUGUUGUCACAUCACUGCACAUGCAAAAUCGAGCUCAAGAGCUGCAAGAUAAAGUACAAGCUACAAGAAUGACUGCGUGAGGGACUAUAAGUAGCCGGAUUGAGAGACUUUGAUCGUCGGGUCCGGAUCAUCUUCGUUUGCGGCAUCCGAGAACGCGCGAGAGACGUCACCUUCCGAGUCUGCGUCGGAUCGAUCGUAUAGAUCUGUCA